AUGCAGACUGCGACAAAGACCUCGGAUGCCCCCCGGGGUGAGACUACGCAGCCGGCACAGUUGGUGGAAAGAGACGCCAAGUAUGUCACAGCCAACCUCGGACCGCUGGCGUCAGAUUUCACACCACCCAAGGACUGCGGAUACCUGUCCGUAAUGAACGACAGCCUCACAGAUUCGUCUUCCACCAGCUACGUGAACCUUGGCUGGGGCGUUCAGUGCGACUCCGGCGGUGGCAACUGGUGGCAGAUCAAGUCCAGUUGCUAUCCUUCUCGGUAUGGGACGGCGUGGGAGGCCCUGAAAGGGGCGACGGCCGAAAACCUCGCCAUCUACCCGCUGUUCUCACCGGCGUCCAUCUGCCCGACGGGAUUCCACGCAGCCUGCAAUUUUGGUACCUCGCCCGUCCCGGUGGGCGCCCAAAAGAGGGCUGCGACCACGACCGCUACCGCUGCCACGAGGGACUUUGUGAGGCUGAUAAACAGUAUUCUGGACUCGACACAAUCAGCGGUCGGCUGCUGUCCGACUGGCUUUCGCUGUUUGAAUGAUUCUCCGUACAUCUGUCUCUCGUCGGCGACCACCUCCUCCGUUUAUGCGUACGAUAACGGGUGUCCGGCAAAUCCCACCGUGGCUACCUGGAAGAACGUGGCGGGGCCUGGCCGCGAGGUUUGGGCGAGAGCUGCGCUCCUACUUCUAGUCCGAGACGAUACACAGUCUCAGACCAAUACCGGCCCAAGCGCGUCUGUGAGCGGCACCACCUCCGGCAGCGAGGCGACGCCCCAUGUCGGCGGCGGCGGCGCUGGCGGCGGUGACCAAGUCUCCGGCGGCGACGGCGGCCUCUCCACCGGGGCCAAGGCGGCCAUCGGGGCCAGCGUGCCCCUCGCCGCCAUCGUCGCCGGCCUCGCGCUCUUCUUCUUCUUCCGUCGUCGCUCGCGUCGCCGUGACGAGUCGUCGUCCGGGGCCGUCCAGCCCACCGACUCCUCCGCCAAGGAGGAGGCAGCGGCGGGCACAGGCGCAGCCGCGACCGCCGACUACGAUCCCCGCCAGUCCGACAAGUUCUCGCAGCCGGCGUCGUCGUUCGGAUUGCCGGUGCCGGAUCGCGCCGAAACGGUAAGCCCCGACGCAAGCGUGAGCCGCGUAUCGGAGCUGUACGGGUCGACAGCGCAGCAGGCGCGCUUACACGAGGACAUAAUGGAGUUGCCCGGCGAGCUCAACGCGCCGGUGGCGAGGAGGCCUAUUCCUGAGGCGCCGUAA